UCACUAUUUAUGUUUCUAGGCUCUGGACGGUGACCUGUUUGAUCGACUGAGGGAUCAUUUCACUUUGCUGAGCCAGACAGAGCUAGACAGCUGUCAAGCAACGCAGACCUUCUUCUGCAAGAUCUUAAAUAACUCCAAUCAGGUAUCCAGAGAGCAAAACCUUCAAAUCUUCCUGCAGGAUAAUCCUACAUUUUUCAAAGCUCCAGCCUUCACUUUCCAGGCAGCGCCAAAUGAUAAGGUUGGCAGUCUGGUUCACCAAAGCAGCGGGCAAGGUGAGAGUUGCCUUGAGAAAGAAGCAAGAAAAUGGGCAAGCAAAGCAGCCAAAGGUUACAAAAUUGCCACUCAUGGCGAAAGAGUACUUCAGACAAUGGACAAGAGAAAAAAGCAGGUCUCCGAGGACGAGGCAGCCACCUUGGAGCUGAGAAUGGAAGAAGUAAGGGAGAGCAUUCGCAAAGCACAGGUAGACCAGCUGAAAGCAAACGCAAGACUGGACCUCCUGCGAUCGGCUGGUGUGGAUGUGGACCCUUGGGUAGCAAGCUCGUUUAGCCAGGCCAAUGAAGAACUGGAGAAGGAGAGGCGAAUGAGUGAAGCAAGGCUGUCUAAUGGAGAUAUCUCCCCAAUGGGGGAUCAGUUGGAAUUCACAGAUUUUGAAGAUUUUGACGACGCAGCAGAGACCUUUACGGAUUCGUCUUCAAAGCCCUCCUGUCACAGCUACCCUCUGCCUUGUCAAGUGCUUUAUAGCUACCAGGCUUGCCAGGCAGAUGAGUUAUCAAUCACAGAAGGUGAACACCUAGAAAUUAUUGAAGAUGGAGACAUGGAAGACUGGCUGAAGGCAAGAAACCAAGCAGGACAAGUCGGAUAUGUGCCUGAGAAAUAUCUGCAUAUACUGAGUGUGUCAGCCAGAGAUGUUUCAUCACAGAAAGUUCCAGAGAGCUCCCAUUUUGACCAGACUUCGGAUAUUUCCGAAAGUUCUCAGGGGUCCCAGGAAUACAGAGGACUAGCAAGGGCACUUUAUGAAUACUGUGGCCAAAGUGCAGAGGAGCUCUCCUUCCCAGAAGGAGCAAUAAUACGUCUGCAUCGCUGCAGAGAUGGGGAUGUGGACGAUGGCUUCUGGGAAGGGGAAGUGAAUGGAAGAAUUGGGGUAUUCCCCUCCCUUGUUGUAGAGCUGUUAGGUGACGGAGAUGAAGAUGAGGAAGAGGAGCUGUCUUCUCCCACACCUCCUCCCUUUUCUCCUCCGUUUUCUGUUCCUGGAGGAGCCACUUCUCCUGUACGAUUAACAUCAUCUGCAAGGAGCACUCCGACUCGAGGACUAGAGGAGAGACUGCAAAUGACAUCCCUCGAUAGCCUCAGAAUAAGUGACAGCAAAACAGAAUACGCCAGCAGUGCCCACAGCUCGCCCGAUCUUUCUGUUCGAAGACUUCGGCCGAUGCGUGCCCCCCCCUUGCCCCCUGGGAUGCAGAACGAGCCCUAGUUCUCUGAAAAGGCAAUCAAAAUGGCGGCUGCUUUUGUGUGUCUGUUUGAUGCUCUCACCACACAGACAUGGAAUACGAGACAUUUGUGCGGGAGCCGUAUGCAGUAUUCAUUUCCUUUUGUGUGGUUUAUAUUUGGGGUCAAUUGAGGAAGAGGAGGAGGAGGAGGAAUACUGAUAACACUUGAAGUAAAAUUUUGGAAUUUUUACAAUUGCUUUUGCUGCAUUCAGCCCUCUAGCUUGACAUCACCAUUUGAGAUUGCUGAUGGCGCUUAUUGAAGCUGUGCAGGAGCCUGCUGAUUCCACUAAGAACACAAGCGGGAUGAUGUAAGAGUUUGCAUGAGGCUUUGGAUGGAUGCAUAAUCGUUUAUAAGAGAUCCUAGCAGUAGCUAAUCCUGUGAUUUAGAAAGGAGGUUUUAUGCAUUGUCAUAGCCACAGAAUGUGUUUUCCAUCUUCUCCAUUUCAUGCACCUUUUAUGAAACGAGAUCUCCAUGCAUACUGCUGAAGCUUUGUUAGAGUGUGCGGCUGAAAAAUUUGACCUGAAAGUCGCAUCAGCUGAGAAGAGGAUUCAGAUGGAUCUUGGCAUCUCAAAUACAGGUGGACGUUUAUAAAGUUUUAAAGGGGACGUAUCAUUUUUAAAAUGACAUAUUCUGGUGUGCAAACCUAACGGCUAAUAUUUUUUGAAUUUGUAAAGGCUCUGCGUUUAUUGGGAUUUAUCUCUUUGAAUGCCCAACUGAUGAUGCACAAGAAUGUAUUCACUGAUUGUGAAUUGACGUUUCUCACUGUCACUGUGUUGUUUCAGUUUGAUGUCUGUCACGUGUUUAAAUAUUCGCUUUUUGUUGUACAAGUCUAUAUGUAGUAGCACCCAGGUUCAUGCCCUUCACACAUCGGUUCCUGUUGUUUUAUGAUAACUUAUUAUAUUUAUGUUUUUUGUCUCAGCUUAGAGAUACUGCAGUAGUGUGUUCUGUUGUAUGUUCUUACAGUCUUGAAUGUGUCAUUGGGUAGUUGGUUGGUUGGUCAACAAAUGGGAUGCUGAUCUGUAAGGGGGUCUCGGGUCUGUACUGCCACCGUGUCUUCCUUUGCAGGGUGACAACUCCCUUCAGUUAGGGCUUCUGCCAUCUCCUGAAAUGCCAUUAAGGUAGCUAGCGCCUUGUUGUUGCACUUGUUAAGAAAAGUUACAAUAAAACGCCACAAAGCAACUUCUCAGCUGUAGUGUUGGGACUGAGUCAUUGUUUGUCUUUGUAUUAAAUGUUUUAGAAUUCCUUUACUUGUGAUUAUGUUUAUGAUAUCAAGGGUUUGUGUCUAAUUAAAAAAGAAAAACCUG